AUGAGCGAAGACAAGAAGCGAUCCUCAAGGGGUUCGCAAAAAACGCUGAGCUCCAUGGGCGGCUCCUCCGGCUAUGGCAGUCAAUCCGUCCGCUCGAGCACUUCCGGAAACUCCCGGGCUUCCCGGUCGACCUAUGCCCGCCAGACCGAGCUCGACAUUGAGAAGACGUACCAUGCCAUGGGCAUGGGGCACAAGGUAUGCAAGCUAAACCUGCUGAAGCGCUGGGACCCGGCCUACAAAAAGCUGCAGCUGAACCGGGACACCCGGCAGUUGAUACUGAUCAAGCUGGAGAGUAUGGCGCUGCGGAAUAAGCCCUCCGUUUUGGACCUACGAACGGUCAAAGAGUUGAGCAACAUCAAAGUUGGCGACAAGUGGAUUAGGGACAAGGAGAUUCGAAAUUUCGAUGCUUCCAAAAUUCUCGUCAUCCAGCACGGCAACGGCUUCAACUUGAGCUACUGGAUUUUGUUGUUCGAAACCGCCGAAGCAUGCCGUCUCUGGAAUCAGGGUGUCCACACCCUCAUCAUGGACACCCAGCAGGCCAACCACCCUCUUGUCAUCGAGCGCUGGUUGCGGAAACAGUUCAACAACUUGCUGACCGGAGGCCAAGAAAAAGUGGCGCUGAAGCACAUGAAGCCCUUCAUCCAGACCUAUCUACAGUACAAAGUUUCGUCGAGGUCGUUGCAGGACAUUACUGAUGAACAAAUGACGUUCGAGGUCUUCUCGCGUGCCACCCGAAUGCUUGUACAUUGCCCUGCCCUGUUUACUCAAUUCUUUGGAAAGCUCACCGAUGAGGGCGCCAGCGUGUCGUUCGCCAAUUUCUUGACCUUUUUAAGGGAUUAUCAGAAUGACGAGAUGGCGAAUAAUCGGGAGCGUGCCAGCGGCUUCAUCCGCGAAUAUCUGCACGACACGGAUGCGCUGGGGACCAAGUCGAUUUCCAUGGCCCACACCCCCUCCUUGACGGUGAUGGAGUUCUGCGACUUCCUCUUCUCGAAAGAAAACGCCAUCUGGGAUCCGAUGAACGACAAGGUGGUCCACGACAUGAAUCGCCCACUCUCCCACUACUGGAUCGCUUCGUCGCAUAAUACUUACUUGACGGGCGACCAGUUGCGUAGUGAAUCGUCACUGGACUCCUACUCCCGAUCGCUUCUUAUGGGUUGUCGUUGUAUAGAAUUGGAUUGCUGGGACGGGACGAAGAAGCCCGGCUCGACCGAAUUCCUCGACAUUGUCAUUUAUCACGGGUAUACGAUGACGAGUAAAUUGCUGCUAAAAGAUGUGCUCCAGACGAUUCGCCAUUACGCCUUUAUUAACAGCGAAUAUCCAGUAAUCCUCUCGAUUGAAGACAACUGCUCGGUGCCCGCGCAGCGGUUAUUAGCCCAAGAGGUCAAAGAAAUCCUCGGAGAUGUUCUGCUGACGAUGCCCGUCGAUCGUGACGAGACCGAGCUGCCAUCCCCGGCAGCCCUGAAACGAAAAAUCAUCCUCAAGCACAAGAAGCUGGCCGUGGAGAGCGAGGACGUGGCGAAGAGCGAUGAAUUCCAAGACACCGACUUCAUCUCCUCGGAAAACAGCAUCAAGAAGGGAAUCCUGAUGCUGCAGGACAAAACGACACAUCAAUGGUCCUCCCACGUCUUCGUAUUGUUCAGCGACAAACUGUGCUACAAGUUGGAGCAGUGCACUGAGAUCACCGAAGCAAUGCUGAACGGGGAGGAUACGCAGAGUUUGAUGGGUGAUGAUGACAAAGAUCAGGAAGACAACCUCGUGGGUCUUGGGAUGAGGCCUGAGGAGAUGCAUGUGACGGAAGAGUGGUUUCAUGGAAGAGCUGAUCGUCAUGCCGCUGAAAAUCGACUCAAGGAAGCUUCCGAGAAGGGCGAUGGCGUGUUCUUGGUUCGGGAAUCGACAACCUUCCUCGGCGACUACUCGCUCUCAUUUCUAUAUGGCAACAAGGUGCACCACGUGCGGAUAAAGACGCAGAUGCAGCAGGGCGACAAAAAGUACUACUUCCUCGACAACAAGAUGAUGGACACGCUGUACCUGCUGAUCUCCUACUACACCGGGCAACCCCUCGUCACGCCCAACUUCAAGACGUGCCUCACCAUCGCAUGUCCGCAACCUCAACCCCAUCUGGGCAUGCCAUGGUACUCAGACACUGCUGAUAAAGGCAAGGCCGAGGAGCUUCUGAAUACGGUGAAAGAAGAUGGCGCAUAUUUGAUACGACAUAGCUCGUCUGAUCGGAACGUCUUUGUGCUAUCGUUACGGGUUGACGGCGAAUUCUGGCACUAUCGCCUGAAACGCGACGGCCGGAUAUUCAUCGUCAAUCAGAUGGUCUUCGAGAAUUUGUGCCAGAUCGUGGAGUACUACUCGAACAAAGAUUUUGUCAGAGGGAUUUGUCUCAAGUUUCCGGUAAAUGAAAAAGACGUCGGGCAGUACGCUUCGAUGGAGCACGGCGAGGCGGCUCCGGGGUGCUAUAUGGAUUUGAAGGAUUUGGAUAAAGAGAUCCAAGCCCGAGCCCUCCGCCCAUAUAAAGCCGUCCGAGACGACGAGCUCUCAUUUCCGGUAAACGCCGUCAUUACAGUACUCAGGAAAGAAGAAAACUUUUGGAGAGGACGAUACGGCUCGAGCACUGGUUGGUUCCCUCCAGCCUACGUGCAAGAGGUCGUUGCCCAGAAGAACCAGAAGGAGAAUGGUGCAAAUGACUAUCAAUACGGGACGAUCGAAUUGGCGGGGACGAUCAUUAACAAGAUCCCAGAGGGCGAAUGUGAUAAGGAAUACGCCAUCCGGAUACAGCAAGCCGGCGACCAUUGGAGUGGCGUGUCCUGGACUCUCGCAGCUAAUAGUAACCCCGAGGACGCAGCAGAAUGGCAAAACCAACUCUGGGACCUGACCCGAUCCGUUAACGAAAGGGUCUCGAUCCUGCGCACCAAGGAAAAGACGGCCCGGAUAGCGUCUGAACUUUCGAACUUGGUCGUCUACUGUCAGGCGGUCCCCUUUAACCCGGAACGUGUGGGUCACGGCAAAUUCUGGGAGAUGUGCUCGUUCGUCGAGACGAAGCUGGAGAAGCUGUUGGAAAAGGGCCUCGUCACGUUCAACAUUCGCCAAAUCACGCGUGUCUACCCCCUCGGCUCUCGCAUCACAUCCGCCAAUUUCAACCCGAUGCCCAUGUGGAACGCCGGGUGUCAUAUGGUGGCCCUGAACUACCAAACAGGUGAUCGACCAAUGCAGCUAAACCAGGGAAAAUUUCUGGCAAACGGCCAAUGCGGUUAUAUCCUGAAACCCGCUUACAUCAUCGAUCCGAACUAUGAUCCGAUCCAGGCGGAGAAGCUCCAAACGUCGACCCCGAUUUCGCUUACAAUCACCGUUAUCGCUGGACGACAUCUGUCGAGAAAGGACAAAAAUAAGGGUAUCUGCUCGCCGUACGUGGAAGUAGAGGUGAUAGGUGUGGAUUGCGAUAAUAUGGCCUACAAGACGAAAACUAUCGCGUCGAACGGGCUGAACCCGGUGUGGAACAACAGCUUUGAGUAUCAGGUGCAGUGCCCGGAGAUGGCGUUGAUACGGUUUGUGGUGGAAGAUGGUGAUUUUGUGGGCCCGAAAACAGAUCCUUUCAUCGGGCAAGCCGUGUUUCCGCUUGACUGCAUUAGGACAGGCUACCGCUCGGUCCCGCUGAAGAACCAAUUCAGCGAGGAGAUCGAGCUCAGCAGCCUGCUCGUUUACGUCAAAAUCACACCCCAAGGAGACCCGGGCCGUAAUAUCGGGUCGGCGCACGAGCUUUUGCAGGCAAACCGCUCUGUCUUCGCCGGCGCAAAAACGAUACCUCGGGGUAUUUCGGCGAUGAAAUCGUUGUCGAUAACGGAUAGAAACAGCAUCCCUUCAACCGAUGCCCCGCCUACCCCGAGUACGCCUGGAACUCCGGGAACCCCAGUCAGCCCUCCCGCCACCCUGAUGCAGCGGAAGGCCACGUUUAGCGACACCAGGAGCGAGAGUGUCGAUAGUAAUGAAAGCGACGGCCAUCUCCCUGAUCGAAAAACGUCAAACCAGAAAAAACGUCGAGGGCUCUUCAAUCUUUUCUCCAAGUCUAAA